UCAAAUUAAUUCAAAAUGCCCACGUCCUGAUAUUAUACUCUAUAAGUAAAAAGUUGUUUGAUGUCUAUUAAGUAUUAAAUAUUAAUUAGUAAUUUUAACGUUAGUCCGAAUUCUGAAGUUGAGACAGGUGUUGGUAAAAAAUUAAGAAAUAACAGUCAUAAUUUAAUAAUGAAAAGUUCAGCAAGCUAUAUCAGAAAAACUAAGAAUAUAACGGUCAACUCUAUUUCAUGGUUUUAUGGUAUACAUACGACUAUCGUAUAGUCCGUAACUACAGGAAUAGAUGACGCAUUAAAUAGUGUUUUCAGUUUUGAAUGAUGACAAUUCGGGAAUUUAUGUUUUGUGCCGAUCGAAAAUAAAUAAUAAUGACAUGAUAUUGCCGGAUAAUUAUCAUUUUUCCUGUUAUUCAAUUACUUUGAUAUACUUAUAAUAUUUUUUUGGAAUCAUCUAUACCUAGUGCAUUUGUUUUUGAAUUUAGAAAAUUAAUUUCGAAUCAAAAUGGAUAAAAAGAAAAGUUCUAAAACUAAAAGGAGUAAAGUAGAAUCAAAAAAUAACAUUAAGAAUGAUGUAAAAAAGAACCAUGUUGAAGAUAAGAAUCAAGGCAAAAAAUCUUUUAAAGAGAAAAAUAAUGAAAUGGUCCUAGAUGAACCCAAUAUGUUGGAAUCCAAUAAGAAAAAAAAAACAAAUAAUAUUAUAUUAAAUUCACUAUGUAAAACUCUAUAUGAAGACAAAAAAAUCAAUCAUAGUGAUAAUGUAUUAGAAUCACCAACAUCUGCUCACAAUCAUAGCAGUCAACAAGCUAAUCAAUCUUUUUAUAAAGAUCAAAAGGAUUCUAAAAACAAAAUUUCUGAAAACAAUAAUUAUAAUAAUAAACAUAAAUCUAAACGGAAUAAAGCACACAAUAGAUGUAAAAAUGAUUUAGAUGAAGUUAUGGCAUUUGAAUCAUCCAGUAAUGAUAAAGUAAAAUGGAGUGACAAAAAAAAGAAUCAAGUUAGUAAUAAAAAUAUCAAUGAAAAGCAAAACUAUAAUAAAAGUGAUCAAAAUCAGAAUACAUUUUUUAACAAAAGUUUCAAUGAUGAUAAAUGUGAUCAGAAAAUAGUCAAUGAUAUAAACAACAUUGGUCUGCAUGAUAAACAUAAAUCAAUAAAUGACGAUGGAGAAGGAUGGAGUUUUUGUUACAAAAAAUCAAGUAAUAAAAAUAUUGGUAAAAAACAAAACUAUAUUAAAAUUGAUCAAAGUCAGAGCAGAUUUUCUGACGAAAAUUCCAAUGAUGAUAAAUGUGAUCAGAAAAAAGCUCAUGUUAAAAACAACAUAAGUUUGAAUAAUACACAUAAAUCAAUGAUUGAUGACGGAGAUGGUAUGUUAGAAGAAAUUGAUGAAGACCUUUUCAAACUAUCAAAAGAUUAUUCUCUUGCUCAUUGUGUUGCUGAAGAUUUACGAAUGGGAGCCGGCAUAGCUGUUGAUUUCAAACGUAUCUUCGGUGGUGUUGGUAGACUAGUUGAUCAGAAAUUAAAAAUAGGAGAUGUAGGUAUAGUUCAACGCCAUGGUCAAUUUGCAUUUUAUUUGGUAACAAAAAAAUAUAGUAAUGGUAAACCAACAAUGAAUACAAUGGAAAAAGCUCUUCGUUCACUUUUCAUUAUAAUGAAAAAAAAUAAUCUAACAAAAUUAGGAAUUCCCAAAAUUGGAUGUGGAUUAGAUAAACUUGAUUGGUCUGAUACAAGAUCUCUCAUUAUUGAUAUAUUUUCUGGAUCUGGUAUUGACAUAACUGUAUGUAUGCCUUCAAAAUUAAUAGAUUCAAAAACACCACAGAGAUUAAAUGUUCACAUUACACCAUCUAAUUUAUGGGAGAUGGUAGCCGAAACCAUCAUUGUUUUAUUUAUUGAUUUAGAAAAAGUAUGCAAAAAGAAUUGGAAAGACGAUGUUGUUGAUAAAGUGGAUACUAAAUACCCCUUCAAAGAAAAUUUAUUAAAAGACAUUAAAAAUAAGAAGUUUAAACCUGGUGCCAUAGCAAAAUACAUUGUUAAUAACGAAGUGAUAAUUUGUAUAUUUGUCACGCAAAAGGCAUUUUACAGUUCUUUAGAAGAUGGAUUUAAAUCCAUAGAUCAAACAUUAAAAUACUAUAAGUAUUUGGCUAUUCAAAGUGGCCCUAUUGAACCUAGUGAUAACUUUGAACGUAUAUCAUGGAUAGUAUUAAUAUUACGCUCAAUUAGUCACUCUUGUGAAUUAUGGUUAUGCGGUGAUGUCAAUCAAACAGGUGUCACAUAUUAUGAUCAAUAUUGUAAAAAUGUACUUAACUCUAUGAAUCAUUCAUUUCAAAUAAGUUCUCCAGCUCAAAACAACUACAAAUAUAAUGAUAAUCAACAUAAUUUAAACAUGAGAGAAACAAGUUAUCAAAAUCGAAGAUCUGAAUCAUUUCGGGAAUCUGUUGAUCAGAAUAGUUCUUCAAAAAUUGAUACAUGAUUUUACCACGACAUACUAAAUUUAUAUUUAAUAUUUGUUUAAAUAAAUAAAUAUGUAUAAUAAAUAAUCAUAUCAAAUUAAUAAUCUUAUACUUGAAAACUGAAGUCUUAAUUUAUAUUUAAGUUUCAAAUGUUCAAUAAUCCUACUGUACUUAAUUUAUUUUGAAACAUAUUACACAUUACUUAUAUAUAUA